GAGGCAGUAUGUGAGCUAGCAAGCGACGGUAUAGAGGGGAUGGCAGAGAAGGCUUGGAAAGCAGGGAGAGAGAGCAGUGCCUUGGCGCGAGCCCGAGGACUCGAACGAAACUCCGGAAUUCCAACCGACAGAACAGUACCGGCGGUCGUACGACGCGGUUCUGGAGAGUGUGUGAAUAGAUUAGAGUGAGAGAGAAAGAGGGGGGGGAGAGAGAAAGAGAGAAGGAGUGAACGAGCGAUCCCGCCGGAAGGGAGGGGCGAGGAGUAAAAGGAGGGAGAUACACGAGGUUGAGGACGAUCUCCCAGCUAUUUACAAUCGCAGUUCGAAGGAUAAACCAACCAACCGUUCGUCUCUUGCCCGCGUGUUACACGCACACGCAUACACACGUUUCAUCUUUUCCAGAUUUCGAUGAAUUUCGAUCAUAGUACGAAAUUCUCGGUGCUCCGUACCUAUUUAUCGUGAGCGUACGACGUGAUCGAACGACCGUGCGGUAUUGCUGCUAUAGUUUCUCGUGGACGAAAAAGUGAAAACGUGGAGAUAAUGGACGUAUUAUUGUAUCAGUGAAGAAAGUGAUAAGUGAUCGAUCGUGAUAUGACCAAUGAUUCGAGGACGAGGAGUUACGAUUGUUAUCGUUGGACCGUGUGAAUUCGAUCUUCGAGGAAUAGUCGAUAAUUAUCGAAAUAUCGGGGACGAGUGAUCGAGGAAAUCGAACGAUCGUGGACCUAAACGAUGUAAAUCGUACGCGUACCAUUGUUUAUUUUUUUUUUUUUUUUUCCGUUCUUUUAUUUUCCUUCGCUCGAAAGCGCGUAUAUUUCUUCUGUACGAGUAUUUCCUCCGCCGAGAAGAUUCUCAACAUUCGGACACGGACAGCGUCGGUGGACGCGCACUGGAACUGAAAGGGGGAAGCCGGUUCGUGAUCGCGUCUUGGAACAAGCAUCGAAGCUAAUACGAUUGUCGGUGGUGGUGGUGGUUGCGGUGGUGGUCGUCGUCUUUGUCGUCGUCAGCGUAUCGUCGAGGCGAGGACGACGAUGCCGCGCACAGUGAUACGGUCGGAGUCGCACCAGCUGGAGCGAUCGAGAUUGAUCUCGACCUUCUUCUUCGUACCUGGCGUACGUGUCAACAUAUGAUAAAUGUAGAACACGCUGUACUCCGCUUUUUUUCCUUUUUCUUUCUUUUCUUUUCGUUCGGCCUCCCACUCUCGUAAAAGAAAAAAAAAAAAAAAAAAAAAAACCGUCCUCCCUGCAAAAGUGCUUUGCUCGCUAUCUCACGUGACUCCUGUUUUCGCGCGUCUUCUUUCUCGAGUCAUCAUCGUCCAUGUGCGGUCCGCGAGGAAACCUGUAUCGACGCUCGUCGACGGUUGAAAGGAGGGAGACGCGAGACGUCGCGACUUGACGACGCGUUUCCACGCCACGUUCGACCGCCUCGUCCCGAGUUGUGAUCCGCGUCCCAUCUCUUUUCCAGCGAUACAUAUUAAUAAUAAAUAAGAUCGAGAAAGUGAACGACGAGAGAACGAAAUACCGCGAUAUCAGGAGAACAGACUGUUAUCAGAACUUGGCGCGCGCGCGAGCGCGUGUACGCGCGCGUGUUUGUGUGUCUGUGUAUGUGUAUAUAUAUUUACAUAUAUAUAUAUAUAUAUAUAUACACGACAUUUUCGAUUCAGUGAAACACGGUGUGUUACACGGACAGUGCGCUGUUCACCGAGAGAGAGAGAGAGAAAGAGAGAGAAAGGGGGGGGAGAGAAAGAGAGAGAGAGUGAGAGAGAAACAAAGACGAGGCUUUCUUAUUCGGAAGACGAAAUAAAGAAAGGCGUCUGAAAGCGAGACGAAAGCGCGCGGAGUAGAGGAAAGAGGGACAAUAUGAGUGAAAUGACGAGUGUCGAACAACAACAACAGCAGCAACAACAGUACGUAGGUGGCAGUUCGAAUCCGGAGCAUCAUUGCAAGGAUUGCGGUCUUUAUUUCGAAAGCGAUAAAAGUCUGGAAGUGCACCUGCGAUACCACCAGGAGAACCUGCUAAGUCAGUGGGCGAGCCAGGCCCAGCAGGAGGAGAGUAACAACAACAACAGCAAAGCUGGUAAUCAUAAUAGUCACGUGGGUGUUAAACGCGAUAGCGUGACCGCACCGGCGGACUCGAGCGAAUCUUCCUCGAGGCCGCCCUCGCAAGAUCCUACGUCUUCUCAACAACCAUCGACGCAACAACAACAACAGCAGCAGCAGCAACAACAGCAGCAGCAGCAACAAACUCAUCAUCAACAACAACAGCAACAGGCCUCUGGUCCGAGUUAUAAUCACUUUCAAACGCCGAUGUUCGGCGAGACGAAUUAUUUUAUGCAGAACGAUCAGGCCUAUAUCUUGCCCCAUCCCCAUUACCCCGGCGGUUUGUUGCAACAACCGCCCAAACCCCCACCUUUGGCCAAUCAAUCGUGGAAAAGUAACGAGGCGCGGCGGCCAAAGACCUACAACUGCACCGCGUGCAACAAGUGGUUCACCAGCUCGGGCCAUCUGAAGAGGCACUACAACACCACGUUGCACAAGAAUGCGGUGAAGCAAAGCAAUCAACCGGAUCCGGCCAACUUGCCGAUCAGCGCUCAUCACCAUCCUGGUAGGGACAGCCAUUCCGGUGGCAGAGCCGGAGGACCACCGCCUAGAUACCAUCAGCAACAAAUGGGUUCCCCGUCCUCUCAGCUGGGCCAUCAGCAGCAACAGCAGCAGCAGCAACUUCAUCACCUGCCAAUGGGUUCGCCGUCGGGCCACCAACUUCCGGCCCACCAUCCCAUGAGUUCUCCCAUAUCGCCCAUGCAUCCACCGCCGGCACCCCACCUGAAUUCCCCUUCGCCAAUGGGCUCGUCCCACCCGCACCACCACAUGAGUUCUCCAUCUCCCAUAACGCCGGCCUCGGUCCACCCAGCAAUGGCUUCGCCCACAGCGAUGGGGGGUACUACGAUGCCUCAUCAGCCGUACCCAAACGCCUUGCCCCCCCACGUUAUAACUACUACCAACAUCCCGGGCCUGCUGGAGUCUAUCACCAUCCAGCUAACUACUACUGGUAAUGAGAUGAACGAGUUACCGCUCACCGACCAAUCUCAACACCAGCACGAGCAACACCACCAGCAGCAGCAGCAACAGCAGCAGCAGCACAAUCAACAGUUGCAGCAACAGCAACAACAACAGCAGCAGCAGCAGAAUCAUCAUCACCAGCAGCAAUCUCAGGAUGUUUUACCCGGUUUCGGGACCUUUAGCAAUCAUCAAAGGCCCCUUCCGAGCUUCACUCAGUUCAACGUAGCCGGGUUUUUGAUCGGCCAAAAUCAAGCGCAGGCCGUUAACGUGGGGGGGCUGAACGGGGAGGAGAACGUGUCUCCUCAAGACCGAUCGUUCGAAUCGUCCGAGUCGAAUUUCAUCCCGUAUAGAACUUCGACGCCUCGAUACGAAUCCUUGACCAAUAUGGACUCGCAAGCGGUGGAAAUGCAACCGAACACGGACGGUAUGAUCAUCAAACAGUACCAAUUUCAAGCCCAUCAUCAUUUGCCGCACUCGCUUCACCAGCCCCGGGACCAUCACGAGGCGAACAACAAUCUGCCGAGCAAUAAUUCGAUGAUUCAAGGGAAGGAGGAGUUGAAUCCGAACGUCGGUAGACAAUUCGAGAAGAGCAGCUCGUACAAAACGAAGGGCGGUACGGUGAUCACCAAGGAACAUCAGGUGACCAGUACCAACACCGGUUCGCACUACAUUUCCCAGGACGGCUUCCACAAGUGCAUCGAAUGCGACAAGGUAUUCAACAAGGCUUGCUACCUGACGCAACACAACAAGAGCUUCCACUCUGGCGACAAGCCGUUCAAAUGCAAUCAGUGCGGUAAGAGGUUCCCCCUCGAGUACCUGCACGCGGAGCACCUGCAGAAGCACGCCGGUGACAAGCCAUACAAGUGCGAGAUAUGUCCCAAGCAGUUCAACCACAAAACUGACCUUAGGCGGCACUUGUGCCUCCACACCGGCGAAAAGCCGUACGCCUGUGAUAAUUGCGGCAAGGGAUUCAUCAGGAAGGACCACAUGAUGAAGCACCUCGAGACGCACAAAAAGAAAAACAACAACCACAACGUCCAUCUCAGGGCGUGAUUCGAGAGCAGUUUGAAACGUCGAGCAUCGUGGACGUGGAAGGGAACGACGGCGGACCACACCGUUGUCCGAUGAUCUUCGCCCCCGUCGUUGUCGUCGUCGUCGUCGUUGUCUUCUUCUUCGUCGUCGUCGUCGUCGCUAUCGAUCGGAAAAAGGUGAGAUCAUCGAACCGUUAACCACGGCCGGCUCCGCAAUCGUGUGUGAUAACAACGAGACCGUUGCAAUCGUUGCGAUUUCUCCAAUUCUUUCAUCGUGUUUAAAUUCGAUCGGAGACUCGACCCGAGACUCGAGUUCGCAUCCGUUCGAUCGUGAUCAAAUUUUCUAAUUUAUCCUCGUCGAUGAUAUUUUCGACAUAUUUCGAUUAUUUUUUCUUUUUUCUUUUUCUUUUUUUUUUUUUUUCUUUUUCCCCUCCCGGCUAUCGAUCAACAAUCGUAUAUACUCGCGUGUUAUUUGAUUCGACGAGAGAAACGAGAUCCGUUCGUGCCGUUGUUCCUCGACGUUAGCAUUUUUUCUUUCCUCUUUUCUUUUUAUCUUUUAAUAUCUUGUCGUUCGUAUACACGGAUAAUUAUAAUGUCGGAUAUAAGAUAAGAUCUCGCCGAGUCUCUUUUCAUCAACGAGUGACAACGGUACUCGUCGAAAGGAUAUUGAUUUUUCUUUUUUUGCUCAACGGUGUUGAUAUUUAUUUCUUCUCGAAUCGGGAUCGAGAUUUACCACCGUUUCGACGAGUGAUACAACGGAUUCGUACGAAACAUGGAUCGCGAAAUUUUCGCGUUUUGCAUCAUCGAGAUGGAAAAAAAUUGCUAAAAUUUAAAGAAAAAAAUAAAGAAAAAAAAAAGACAUGAAACGUUGCGAUACAUGGAGUUGAUCGUGAAAUAAUCGGCGAGAGAUUUGUUCUCUCACCGAUUGCUCGACUCGGUAGAUCGCUGCUUCCACUUUGACAAAAUGGAGUCCGGUAAACAUGUUCUCGAACCCACGAUUCUCUCGAGAAAAUCGAAUAAUCGAGCACUCUCGAAUGAUAAUAAUUCCGAAAGUGAAAAAAAAAAAAAAAAAAAGAAGAAGAAGAAAAAAAAGAAAAAAAAAAUAGAAAAGAAACGCGCAAUGGAGAUUUCUGAUGCGACGUCGAACCUUCGAAGCUUAUCAAUUGUACAAAAUAUGUUAAAUGUAUAGGCGUAUAAUUAAUCUAUAAUUAUUAUUAUCACUGUAAUUAUUGAAUUUAAUUGAAUAUCGUUUAGAAAGUGAUUACGAAACUUAUACAUAAUACUCGUAUUUUAUAGCGUAUAUAGGCAUACUUUUAUCGAGGGAGAGGAAAAAAAUAAAAUGAU